GGCCAUUACCCCCAGUUUCCGUUGCACCGCCUUCUGUUAUCUCGGCUAUCCACCGUUUUAUUGCUUCACAGAUUUCAGUUGGCUCGCGUGUCCCCCAAUCCAUUACUUUUUAUAUUCCAAUGCAUUCUUCUUCUUUCUAUAACUUGAUUCAUUAUCUGACUUCUUCUUCAAGUCCUCUACGAAUGCUACAUAUAUUUACACUCAGCGAAAAAUACGUUCGUAAUUAUUUUUACAGUUCUGUUGUCAAGCCUCAAUUGUUAGUUUGUUAGUUAGUUAUAGUUAGGGUGUUUUUGAAAUUUUAAGCGAAAACUUAGAUACAGUUUAAAUAUAUAAAUGAUGAUGUCACUAUUAUCACCACCGGCUGCUGUUGAUCCGAAAUUGAUGCAUAAUGAUAAUGAUUACGAUUACGAUGAUGAUGAAAUUUCUUCGAAUUUCGGUCCUAUACACGUUCCGGGAAUCGAAGGCUCUGUUUCUGCUGAUGAAAGUGAUGAACAAGGUGAUACUGAUACUGAUGAUGAGGUGUCGUCGGUUAUUUCGGACUGCGAGAGUGUCGUUUCGGGAAACCGAGCUGUGGAAGCUACACGAACGGUCGGGUUAGAAAGGACUAGUGAUGGAUUGGUUAAGCUGGAAGAGAGUGAUAAGUUGCAUGAGAUGAUUGAGAGGAAAUUUGUGACUAGGUUGAGUGGAUUAGGAAUUAAGGCUAAAGUCGAAUGUAUUCGUAGGAAUAUGUUUAAUGCUAAUGCCAUUGGUCAAGCUAGAUUGAGUAGUUUUCAGAUAUACGCGAAAGCUUUGGAGAAGAAAAUCGGUAGUGCUGAUGUUAAUGUUAAGUAUGCUUGGUUUGGUGGUUCGAAAGCUGAGAUUGAUAGGAUUAUUGCUCAUGGAUUUGGAUAUGAGAAUAUUGCCAAGAAUGGUGGUUUUGGUCAUGGUGUUGUUCUUUCUGCUGAUCAUUCUCCUCUCAACAGUGUGGAGUCUGCAAUUGUCGAUGGGGAUGGAGUCAAACAUAUUUUGCUUUGCCGUGUGCUAGUGGGCAAAACGGAGCUUGUGAAUCAGGGAUCCGCACAAUGCUGUCCAAGUUCUGAGGAUUUUCAGACCGGUGUUGAUGACAUGGUGUCUCCUAAGAAGUAUAUCGUGUGGAGUAGCCACAUGAAUAGCCAUAUAUUGCCAGAGUUCGUCAUAAGUUUCAAGGCGCUAAUGAGCGUGAACAAGCCUCAGCUAAAUGGAGUUCGUCUUGAGAAACCUGUUUCCCCUUGGAUCCCAAUUCCGCAACUCAUUGCAGCACUUUCCAAGAUUUUACCUUCUAAAGCCAUCAAGGAAAUUACACAGUAUCGUCACAGUUACAUUGAGCGCAAGAUAUCUAGACGUGAUAUGAUAAAAGGGAUCAGAAAAGUCGCUGGGGAUAGGGUAUUGUUGGUGGUUCUAAAGGAUUUCACUGCACAGCGGCGAUUCAAAUAAAAGGUGGUUGCAUGGAGUUACCAGUUUGAACAGAAGAUGGAGUGUUGUGUCAAGUGAAAACUAAAAGGAGAGUUUUAGACGUGUUAGGUUACGUUAUACAUUGGCACUUAACAUUUUUUACCCCGUACAAUUUUAGAUUCACAAAACCUAUGGAGUUUGAUAUUGUCUUUGUUAUAGAUGUUUAGAAUACAUAUAUGGGGCCUUUAUUUCCUUGAUCUUAGACCUUCUGAUGCAGAUGUUUAGUAUAAAUCUUUGCAUUGUUAUGUUGUGAUU